GACUCCGCGGCGCGUGCCAGCAUGAAGAAGCAGCUGGAUAACCUGCGAAUGUUGAAUCUGGGUAUUUGUGCCAGAAUGGGAGUUCUCAUGAUCUAUGCAGCCAAGAAGAUAGCAGAAGGCCAUGAUGAUGCCUAUUCCGACGUCCUUUUCCGUGCUUGCCUCUAUGUUGCUGAUCUUGAUUCGGACUUCCCAAACAGGACCAUGAAUGGAUCGACGAAUGGACGAUUUGCUUGGGAUGUAGGGCCCCUUUGUUUGUGCUUCUACCUGGCAUUGCUGGGGAAGAUGUGGGCCUGCUUUGACAUGGCGCACUACCAGAUCAACCAAGCCUAUGUGGUGGGGAAGACCUGUUUGAUGGCCGCCCUCUUCGUGGACAUGUGG